UUGUAAUCGUUAAAGAAUCAAAGGAAAAUCUUUGAACUCGUCGCACUUUUAUAUUAUCCAUAGGAAAAGUUCGACACGCACCAUUUCUGACCAUUUCUCUAUUAUACGUAGAUAUGUAUGUUCCUCUCUCGUAUACGUACAUAUAUGUUAGAUUUCGCUUGAAUCUGAAAAAUUAUUGUUAAAUCAACCAUGUGAUUCUUCAAAUAGAUGGAUUAUCUUAGCUGAAAUAUGCGUGCAUAGACCGAUCUUGAUUCUAUUCGCCAUACGAUGCUUCAUAACAAACGUAUUAUAAACGUACGUAUAUAGGAUGAUAAAUCGACUUUUAUUGAUAGAACGAGGGAAGGAAUAAUGAAUCGUAAAAAGAAUUUAAGCAAAGACCUAAAAGCUAGUUUACCAAGAAAGAAUCAUUGGUCGUUAGGCUUACUCGAUUCUAUGAAAGAUCCAACUCUUAAAGUCAUCGAGGACGAUAGCAUAGUUGUUAUCAAAGAUAAAUAUCCAAAAGCAAGAUUUCAUUAUUUAGUUUUACCGAAAGAAAACAUCUCUACAGUUUGGAAGAUCCAAAAGAAUCAUGAGAAUCUUCUACGGCAUAUGGAUGAUGUUGCGAAAGAACUAACUAAAAAACAUUCUGGACACAAGUUCCUUAUCGGGUAUCAUGCUUUGCCAAGUAUGCAAAGAAUGCAUUUACAUGUGAUUAGUACGGAUUUUAAUAGUCCAUGUUUAAAAACGAAGCAUCAUUGGAAUAGUUUCACGACGCCAUUCUUUAUUUCUUCGAAAGAAUUAUGUAAACAACUGAAAGAAAACGGGGAACUUAAAAAGAUAAGUCCUACGGUGGCACAAAAAUAUUUAAAUAAAGAAUUAAAAUGCCACGAGUGUUCGGUAAAGCCAAAAAAUAUGGGUGACUUGAAAAAACACCUACUCUCAUCGCAUUUGUCAGAAAACCGGGAAUGAAUGUUCUUUUUUUAUUGUACACGAAAGACUGUUAUUUCCCCGAUCGAAUAUCAAUGGAAUUUCCUGUGUUAUCUAGCUAUAAUUUUCAAUUAACAUUAACUAAAUUUCGUUACGAGGAUUCAGUAGUGGUCAGCGUUCUAAAGAAUCGUUUAAAACCAAUCCAUAAUGUAUAAUUAUCGAUUAUCAGCUUUGAAUGUAAGAGUAAAAAGUAAGGAAUAAAAUUAUAAAAAUUAAA